AGGAUGAAUCUUUCUUUGGUUGAAGAUUUAAGAAAGACCAAGCUAGAGCUAAAGCUUUUUUUGGAGAUGCAUCAACUUGAAUCCACAGAAUCUUGGGAUGUUAUGGAGUCUCGAGACAUAGAGAGGAAGGCGUGGGCUGAGGUCCAAAGCCUUAAAUCUUCCCUUGACGAGCAUAAUUUGAAGUCUCAAGUAAGAACUGUUCUUGAACCUGAGGCAUUAACACAACAGAGACUUGUAACUGCCAAAGCUGAGAUUGCUGAUAUAAGACGAAACUUGGAAAUGUCUGAAAGGCAAAAGGCGGAGUCAUCAGAGAAGCUGAACUCAAAGCAUGAUGACUGUGAAUCCUAUCUCUCUGAGAUUGAGAGUAUUAGGGGAUCAUUUGAGGGUCAGCAAAUUGAGAAUCAACAGUUGUUCCAAGAAAUCAUGGAUAGAGAUGAGCAAAAUAUUGAGCUUGGAAAAGAGAAUCUCAAAGCUGGACAGCAGUAUUUUGAUCUUGGUAUGGAAAUAAAAAGCUGGAGUAGAAAGGUUAAAGUGGCAGAAUCUAUGACGAAUGUCUUUUAUCGGCUAACUUUAAGGCUUGAAGAGGAGUUGAAAGUCUUUUCAAAUCAGGUUGAUAAACAAGCUGAUGAGAGGCAGCAAAGUUCUGUUGCCUUGGACAAUUUACAAACAAGACUAUCUGAUGCGUGCACUGAAUCUCUGGAGUUGAGGCAUUCUCUGAAUGAAAUACAAAUGCAGGCAAAGAAAAGUGGAUUGGAAUUAGAGGUGACCGAGCUUCUAAUUGAAUUAGGAAGGGAGAGGUUCAACAAAAAGAGGAUACAUGAAGGAUUAAAAGCAUUGAGAAUUGAAUUUACAUUGCGUAAGACACAGGCUGAUGAAGGCUCAGUUGUGUUGGAAAAGCUUCAAAAAGAGAUUAGUGAAUGUAGGAGUAUCCUGAGAUGUCGUGUUUGCGAUGAACGUCAGAAUGACGUUGUCAUUGCAAAAUGCUAUCAUUUAUUCUGUAGACAGUGUAUUCAGAGGAUUAUUGGAAGUCGUCGUGGUCGUGGCAGUCGUCGUGGCAGUCGCCGUCAUCCUAAGUGCCCGACAUGUUCGAAGAGCUUUCUUCCGGACAAUGUAAAGCCUAUUUAUCUAUAAUAUUAAACAUUUCAAAGGAUCUUCAUUUGUUUGUACACAAGAGCUUAGGCUGACAAACUUCAUUCCAUCUCGCUAAUAAUGGUGGAAGUCAACAAACCCUUACUGAUUAGUAUAACAUAUUUCUGCAUAUUGUGGACUUUUUUUUUUCUUUUGAAAGGGUUUGGUUUUUAUUGAUUUAAGAAAAAUUACUGAGUGUCUCUCUUACACUUCAGGUAUGGAGAUAAAAUUACAUCCAAUUAAUCAGAUGUGCGGACGACACUAUGAAUCGCAUUGUCAUACGGUUGACAGCGUGGUGUGAUCCACACUGUCGUCCGCGUGUAAUGCGAAAUUAAAUAUUAUGCAGUAUAAAGGGUCUC